AUGUUAAUUGUAUGGAGAAAUGGAUUGACUAACGGUUCCAAUAAAGCACUCCAAGUGUUACUCAGAGGUCAGUUCGAGUCAUUCACUCUAAGCGCACAGUUGUUGCCCGUAUUGGCCUCUAUUGGCCUCCCAACACCACUUCCACACGAAGAACAGGUCACUCAUCGCGAGCACAACACCACAGCUUUCGUCAACCAAAACAACGCUCCCAUCGGAAAGGGAUCUCUCAUUAUUGCCAAACACUGCCUUUCGUGGGUCACAGACGAGGGACAGGGCUUCACAUUGCAGUACCCGAUGAUAGCACUGCACGCCAUCUCCAGAGACUUAACCAACUUUGGCGACGAGUGUCUGUAUCUUAUGGUCGAAGACGAGGACAACAACAGCGACACCGAAUCGGACAACACUUCUUCGCACGAUUUCAAGUCGUUAUUACAUUUAACAAAGAGUUCACUUUUGAACGGCUCGACCAAUGCUGUGAUGACUUCCAAACUCCAAUACCUGAUGCACAACAAUAUGGUUAACAAACUGCCAGAACGUGACACUUGUGCCGCAAAUGUGAGCAUUAAGUGCGAACCCGACAGUCCCUCCAGUGGUGGUGACAACAGUGCCGGUGACGACCCCGAGACUGAGUUCAUUAGUGUCCCCACAUCUCCCGGUGCUAUCGUUGCCAUGGGUUUAGAUUACGACAACUCCGCCGACAAUACGGGCUCCGAAUGGAUCGGCAGGAGUCCGGACGAGGCGGACAACAACGACGACUCACUCCCUCCCACUUCGAGCGCCAGAAUUUCCUUCUCUAACGUAAACCUAAACUCUUCGGCACUUUUGAAUCCUUCCGUCGAGAAGAAGACGAUUGAGUUUUGUGUUGUUUGUGGGGAUAAGGCGUCGGGUCGUCAUUACGGCGCCAUAUCUUGUGAGGGAUGUAAGGGUUUCUUCAAACGCAGUGUUAGAAAACAACUCAAUUAUGUCUGUCGUGCGAACCAAGACUGCGAAGUGACUAAACAUCACCGAAAUAGGUGUCAGUUCUGUCGGCUUCAGAAGUGUCUGCAAAUGGGAAUGAGAGCCGAUCACUGCCAACCAGAACGCAAACCCCUCGCACUGGAGGGCAGUUCUGCCAGUGCUAUACAAGCAGUGAUAGCCGCGGCCACCAACUCAGCCCAGAUAUUGCCUUCUCGUUCCUAUACGACCACAAACACCACGUGUUCGCCAUCUCAGCGACACAUCCUUCCCAGAGGGGGCUCUUCUGCCGAAAUGGCGGCGAUGUUUGACAGCCAGACGGCCUUAUCUAUGAUGGAGGCCACAGCCAGUGGCGCCAACUCUGGCCACUCGCCCCACACCAGCAAAGCUAACGGAGACUUAAGCACUUUGGCUAACGUUGUCUCAAACCUAAUGGCACUGAAACAGGUGGCCGUCGCCGCCAUCAGUGCCAACUCAUGUAGUGAUAGAACAGAUAUAAGUAAAUUAGUUGAAACUACCGGUGCUAACAGUGAAAGUUGCAAAGAAGCCAACACUUCUGCUGACCGACAAAACCUGAUGAUAUCAAAAGCGGCUUUCGAUAUAAUGGCCAAAAUAGCUUCGGGUUCUAAAUCGAGUUCAGAACAAACGGCUUUCCUUUUCGGUGCAAUCGAUGCCGUCUGCGGACAAAACAACGAAAACGAGGACCUCUUUGAAAUGGACGGACCCAUCCUUACUGACCAACACUUCGUGUUUAAUCUCACGCCUCCCAUCGCCGGCGCUUCCUUUCUCUCAUUGCAAUACAUCUGUGAGUCGGCCUCUCGGCUACUCUUCCUGUCUGUCCAUUGGGCGCAAUCCAUACCAGCGUUUCAGUUGAUGUCUAUUGAUGUACAGACCUCUCUGGUCAGAGGCUGUUGGUGUCAACUCUUCGUCUUAGGUUUGGCUCAAACCUCACAAGUCAUGUCUUUGGCUACCAUUUUAUCUGCAAUUAUCACUCAUUUGCAAACCACUCUACGAGAGGACAAGUUAUCGUUGCAAAGGGUUAAGGGAGUGACUGAUCAUAUCUGUAAACUCCAAGACUUUGUCAAUUCAUUUCAAAAGCUAGAAGUGGACGAAAGAGAGUACGCGUACCUCAAAGCUAUCGUACUGUUCAGUCCCGAGAACACAGGCAUUGGUCUUAUGAUGAAUUGCAGGCAAAUUGAUAAGUUUCAGGAGAAGACGGUUCGCGAACUCAGACAUUACAUCACAGAAACGAGUUGUUCGGCCGACGAGGCCAGCGAUCGCUUCUCCAAACUUAUCCUAAGACUCCUUCCGCUCCGCUCUUUACUGCCGAACAUCACUGAAGAGCUAUUCUUCUCGGGUUUGAUCGGAAGCGUCCAAAUCGAUAGUAUUAUACCAUACAUACUAAAGAUGGAUCCAAACGACUUCAACGCUGAGUUCAUGUCCUCCAGAGUGAAGACAUCGGAGACAUCGCCUCCCCCUUCUCAAGACGAAGAACCCAUGGAAGUGAUGGGACAGUUCGAUGACGCAGAACACGAUCUUUAA